UCUUUUUUCUCUUGCUGUAUUUUUAGCAUGUCCUUCCUUCCACAGAUGGAAAAUGCAAGAAUUCCAGGAAAAUCUCAACACAUGUCAGUCUGAGUUUCAGAGAAGCCUCCAUGGGAAUGGGAGGUCAGGAGGGUGCGUCGCCAGCCCCACCACCCCACCCUGAGCAAUUGUACUUGAACAGACUGAGUUGCUCGGGGCUGAGCUCUCUUUCUUUCUCUCGAACUAGAAAAAUUCUUUCUUUGUGAGAAAAAAUUCUUUUGCAUGAACUCUUCCCUCUUUUUUCUUUGUGGUUGUUACAAAGACAGUAACUGUUCUCACAAGCAGUCCCACAGUCAUGGGUUUGGAUGUACAUAGUGGCUGCAAAAGGAUUCAGAAGGAAAGGAAGCACAAGUACGACCUGCAUUAGAAAAUAUUUCCAUAUUUGUGCAAUAGGAUUGGAAGAACAAGUCACCUCCAUGCUUCAAAGCUGAAAGAACAAACCUAGGCUAGAUACCAUUGCAAACUGCCACAUCAGCAAGGACUGAACCUGGCCAGAGGAACUUCUGACCAAGAAAUAAGAUUUUCUAGGUUCUGGAGAAGUCAGUAUGUUGGAUCAGAUUCAUUGGCUGGCUGCCGUGACAGUCCUGGGAGUCCUGGAGCAAGCCUACUUCUUCCUCCAGGUGAUCUAUGCUAGGAGGUUGUUUGGCAUUUCACCUCCAAAGAUCUCAGGCCCUCCUGAAUUUGAAAGGAUCUUUCGAGCACAGGUGAACUCCUCUGAGUAUUUUCCCAUCUUCCUGGCACUUCUGUGGCAGGCUGGACUCUUCUUCCAUCAAGGUCUGGCUGCAGUCUUGGGUCUGCUCUAUCUCUACGCCCGCUACUGCUACUUUAUGGGAUACAAGGCAUCAUCCUCAGAAAGACUCGCCCCGAUAUACUUCAGCGCUGGAGUUCUCUGGAUUCUCAUUGCAGUGUCAGCCCUGGGCAUCCUGCAUUUCUUCCUCUCUCACUAUGUGGGGCUGAACGUCCUCCAGUUUCUCACAGCAUGACCCACUCCUCUGUGCUUCACCACUGUAGCCACAUUUCUCCUCACAGAGAAAAGCAAGGCACGACUUCUCAAGAAUAUUUCUGGGUUUCACAUUCUCUGACCCUCAGAGAAAGGAAAAACAAUUCUUAUCUCAUUUGCUGUGCCUG